AAUGUGGCCAAUUAUGGUGGACUCCACUCAAAAUAGAAAGCUGAAUUAUUGAAGAAAAGCAAGCACAUGCGCAGCCCCCACAAACGUCCCAUCUUCUUCUUACCAGUUUGAACUUCUUGCAAUUUGCAACUUUUGAGACUCAUCAAGCUUUCACACAAGAAACCAAUUACUUCUGCGUUUCAGACCUUCGCUAUCUUUGCUUCCUUCCUUGAUUCAUUCCUUUCAACAAAGAAAGCCAUGGCAGAGCUCUUACUUGGUUCCGUCCUCCAAGUGCUGGUCGAGAAAUUGCUGUCUCCGGAGUUGCUGAACUUUGCACGUCGAUACGAGGGACUUGGAAAAAAGCUGGGCAGGUGGAGGCAAACGUUGUCAAGAAUUCAGGCACUGCUUGAUGAUGCGGAGGAGAAGCAACAUACUAACAGGGCGGUGAAGCGUUGGCUAGAUGAUCUCAGAGACUUGGCUUACGAUGUAGAAGACAUACUUGAUGAGUUCGACACAGAAGCUUUGCUAUGCAAAUUAAGGGGAGAAAACCAGGGCAGCACAAGUAAGGUACGGAACCUCAUCCCUGCUUGUUGCGCUGGUUUGACUCCACAUGCUCUUAAGAUCAACAUUGGGCUGGAGUCAAAGAUCACAGACAUUACUGAUCGAUUCAACGAUCUCGUGAUGCAAGAAACUGAUUUGAGAUUGAAAGAAACUGCUGUUGGGAAGUCACAUAGGAAAACAGGGACAGUGCUAGAGCCAACUUCUCUAAUGACUGAACCUCAUAUUUAUGGCAGGGAUGAAGAUAAAGAGGUUGUACUUGAAUUGUUGCUGAGUGAAAAAUGUAGGGAUGCCCAACUCUCUGUAAUUCCUAUACGUGGUAUGGGGGGUAUAGGAAAGACAACUCUUGCUAAGUUUGUAUUUCAUGAUAAAAAAGUGCAAAGCUUUUUUGAUCUAAAAGCAUGGGCAUGUGUUUCUGAAGAUUUCGAUGCUAUUAGAGUCACAAAAACAAUUUUGGCGUCGGUCACCUCUGAAAAUUGUGGUGACAAUGAUCUGAAUUUGUUGCAAGUCAAACUAAACGAGAAACUGAAAGGGAAGAAAUUUCUAAUAGUUUUGGAUGAUCUUUGGAAUGAGAACUAUGAUAGCUGGACUAUCCUACGUGCUCCUUUCUUAGAAGGGGCUCCGGGAAGUGCGAUUGUCAUCACAACACGCAAUGAGGGAGUUUCAUCAACAACAAGAUCCCUUCAAGAGUACCAUUUGAAAGUGUUGUCAACUGAGGCAUCUUUGUCUGUAUUUGCCCAACAUGCACUAGGGGCAAGCAACUUCAGUGCACAUCCAAAUCUUAAAGAUAUUGGUGAAAAAAUCGUUGAAAAAUGUAGAGGCUUGCCUUUGGCAGCAAAGACCCUCGGAGGCCUCUUGCGCACUAAGUUGGACCGUUACGAGUGGGAAGGUGUUUUAAAGAGCAAGAUAUGGGAUAUACCAAAGGAGAGGAGUGGAAUUGUUCCAGCUCUUAUGUUGAGCUACCACCAUCUACCUUCGCAAUUAAAGAGAUGCUUUGCGUAUUGUUCAAUACUCCUCAAAGACUAUGAAUUUAAGGAGAGGCAGCUGGUUUUGUUAUGGGUGGCAGAAGGUCUAAUUCAGCCACAAGGAGAUCAUACACAAAUGGAAGAUUUGGGAAAUAUAUGCUUCAGAAUGGAGGAUAGAAUCGAGGGCAUCAACAAAAGAGAAUUUCCCAUCAAAGUUCGGCAUUUGUCUUAUUUGGGUGAUCGUUAUGAUGGCCCUAAAAAGUUCGAGGUUUUUUCCAAACUCAAAUGUUUACGUACCUUCAUGCCUCUUAUGCUACCUAAUAGGGGGUCGUGUUAUUUGACUCAUGAUGUUUCUCUUAAAUUGUUGUCGAAAUUACCAUGUUUAAGAGUGCUCUCUUUGAGUGGGUACUGCAUAGUUGAGCUACCUGAUUCAAUUGGUGAUUUGAAGCACCUACGGUAUCUUGACCUCUCUUACACUCGAAUUAGAUGUUUGCCUGAAUCAACAACUACUCUAUGCAACUUACAAACAUUGAUAUUAAAAAGUUGUUCUUAUCUAGAGGAAUUGCCUUCAAAUUUGGGGAACCUGGUCAACUUGCGCCACCUCAACAUUCUUAAUGCAGAUAAACUGGAAAGAAUGCCUCCUCAAAUAGGUAAAUUAACUAGUCUGCAGACAUUGUCUAAUCUAAUUGUGGGAAAAGGCAAUUGCUUCCCGUUAAAAGAGUUAGGUUCUUUGUUGCAUCUUCAAGGGACGCUCAUCAUCUCAAGAUUGGAGAAUGCUAUUGAACCCAGGGAUGCACGCGAUGCAAAGUUAAUUGAAAAGCCCAAUCUUACCGCUUUGUGCCUGGAACGGAGUUUCAAUGUGGAGGAUUCACAAGAUAGAAAAAGCGAAUUAGAUGUACUGAACAUGCUACAUCCAAACAAGUCUUUGAAAGAGCUCACUAUCAGGCGCUAUGGUGGUACUGAAUUUCCAACUUGGUUAAAAGGUUAUUCAUUUCCUCAUAUGGUGCUCCUACGGAUUGAAAACUGUAGACAGUGCACAUCAUUGCCACCAGCGGGCCAACUACCGUCACUUAAAUGCCUUUUCAUCAAAGGCAUGGCUAGCGUAAAGAAUGUUGGUGAUGAGUUUUAUGGGGGUAGUUGUUCACAACCUUUUGAAUUCUUAGAAACUUUGUAUUUUGAGGAUAUGAAAGAAUGGGAGAGCUGGAGCCCUAAUGGAGAAUUUCCACAACUGCGUGAGCUUUCUAUUAGAAAUUGUCCCAAGCUGUCGGGCAAUUUUCCAAACUACCUUCCCUCACUACAAAAUGUUGUUAUAGAAAGAUGUGAGCAGUUGGUGGUUUCAAUUUCAAGCUUUCCGGAGCUUUGCAAACUAGAAUUUGAGAAUUCCAAAGGGGUGGUGCGCAAAAGUAAGGUGGACUUCACCGCACUAAACUCUAACUCUCUUGCAAGAAUUUCGAACUUUGCAUGUCCAAGAGAAGGGUUUAUGAAUGUAAAAGAGCUAAGCAUUGAAAAUUGUGAGGAGCUAACGCCUUUAUGGACAAAUGAUGCGGGAUUACUAAAACCCCUGCCCUGUCCUAGUCAUAUAACGGUUUGGGAAUGUCAAAAACUGGUUUCUUUGGUGGCAGAAGAAGUAAACGAGCAACCACAACAGGGUAUGUCAUCCACACGCAAUGACAUGAAAUUUUUACCCAAGGCGUUGAUGUACAACAACACGUGUCUUCAUCGCAUUGACAUUUUUAAAUGUGAUUCGCUGACACACAUUGCAACCGGCCAACUACCUCCAACUCUAAAAGUGCUUUAUAUAGAUUCUUGCAAUAAUAUGCGGAUUUUGCUGGACGAGAAUGAUACCAACAGUUGCAGUUGCAGCACAUCUCUUCUUGAGUUCUUGAGUAUUAAUCACUGUCCAUCCCUCAAAUCCAUAACAUCCAGCGGAGAAUUACCUGCGACACUUGAAAAGCUCUGUAUUUGGGAUUGUGGAAUGCUGGAGUCAGUGGCAAAAAGCUUCCAUCAGAAUUCUUCUCUCGAAAUAAUUUAUACUCUGCAUUGUGAAAACCUUAAAUCCUUACCGGACGAAGGAUUGCUCCCAUGCAACCUUAGAGUGCUGGAGAUUUGCAAUUGUGAGAAAAUGGGGGCCCUACCCAACUGCAUACACAGCAUCACCUCUCUACGAGAAUUGAAGAUAGAAAAAUGUCCAGGUGUGGAAUCCUUUCCGGGAGAGGGCUUUCCCACCAACUUAACAUCACUUGAAAUCAGAGAUUGCGACAUCACUGAGGCCUUGCUUGAGUGGGGGUUGCAAAAGCUUACCUCUCUUCAACAUCUUCAAUUUGGAGGUGGAUGUCCGAAUCUGGUGUCAUUUCCAGAAAUGGCGUUGUCUACCUCUCUAACCAGCCUCCACAUCAGCAACUUGCCGAAUUUGAAACACUUAUCUUCCAAAGGCUUUCGAUGCCUCUCAUCUCUUAAAACACUACGAAUUGGUUGGUGCGAAAAGUUGAUGACCUUUCCAGAUGAUGGUCUGCCUCCCUCACUCUUGGAUCUUCGCAUCGUUUGCUGUGAAAUGUUCACAUCCUUUCCGAAGGAUGGUCUGCCUCCCUUACUCCAGCAACUUCGUAUUGCAAACUGUUAUCGGCUGACAGAACAUUGCAAGAAAGAUCAAGGACGAGAGUGGUCCAAGAUAGCCCACAUCCCUUUCGUUGAAAUUGAUGGUAGGUUCAUCUAUGACCCAGAACUAGAAGAGCCGAAUCAGCCCAUGGAUCAAGACCACCUAGAAGAUUUGAUUUUUCGAUGAAUAAAUC